UACCUUUAUCCCAGUCCGGAGCAAUGAAGGCAAACAUAACCUAAUUCAGUUGUUAUUUUCAAUCAUCAACUCCACGUCUGACGGGACAUAUGCUGUGACAGAAUGGUUUUGCUCGAAAAUGAUACGUUUCUGAGCGAACUCACGAAAUUGUUUGACAAGUCACGGCUGUCGGGCUCCGUUAUGUUAACAAUUAAAAGAUAUAAUGGACACAAUAAACCAGUGCCCAGGGAAGGUAAACCACCUCUACCGAAACCCAGCGAGUACCUCUGUCUAGUCAGGGCGACAUUACGGUCGAAAAAAAUAUCUACUGUUAUUCAUUCCAAGGAUGUUAAUAAAUUUCAACAGGCAUAUUGGAACCUCCUCAAAUCCAACAUAAAUGGACUGAAGAAAUUGAAAAAAGUCAAGUCAGCGAAACCGAAAGCCACUUGAGUUUAUAUUUAUUUUCUAAAGUUAAUUAAAGAACUAUAUCCAUCAACAAAUUUUUUAUACACAAAUUCUUUCAAAAAUCCCGCUCGAUAUUAAUAAACUCAGAUGAUUAAUAGUUUAUUUAA